GUUGGGGGCGGAGCUCCAGCGGGAACUGCCCGGGAGUCGCUGGUGCCCGGCGUAGCAGCGUUCGGGCGUCCAGCCUUUGCGAAGAGCGUAGCUGUGAUCAUGAAGGAAGAGAAGGAGCAUAGGCCUAAGGAGAAGCGAGUUACCCUAUUAACCCCCCCAGGGGCCACAAGCAGCGGCGGUGGGACUUCGGGGGACAGCGCCAAAGGGGAAGAUAAGCAGGAUCGCAACAAGGAGAAGAAAGAGGCGCUGAGCAAGGUGAUAAUUCGAAGAUUACCUCCCACUUUGACCAAGGAGCAACUUCAGGAGCAUCUUCAACCUAUGCCUGAACAUGAUUAUUUUGAGUUUUUUUCUAAUGAUACUAGUCUGUAUCCUCAUAUGUAUGCCAGAGCAUACAUCAACUUUAAAAACCAAGAGGACAUUAUUUUGUUCAGGGAUCGCUUUGAUGGUUAUGUAUUCCUUGACAAUAAAGGUCAGGAAUAUCCUGCUAUAGUAGAAUUUGCACCUUUUCAAAAAGCUGCAAAAAAGAAGACUAAGAAAAGAGAUACCAAAGUUGGGACUAUCGAUGAUGAUCCAGAAUAUAGAAAGUUUUUGGAAACUUAUGCUGCAGACAAUGAGAAAAUGACAUCUACUCCAGAGACACUACUAGAGGAAAUAGAAGCCAAAAAUAGAGAAUUAAUAGCUAAAAAGACAACCCCACUUUUGAGCUUCCUGAAAAACAAGCAGAGAAUGAGAGAAGAAAAGAGAGAAGAAAGAAGGAGGCGAGAAAUAGAAAGAAAAAGACAAAGAGAAGAAGAGAGGCGAAAGUGGAAAGAAGAAGAGAAACGAAAAAGGAAAGAUAUAGAAAAGCUAAAGAAGAUAGACAGAGUUCCAGAAAGGGACAAAUUAAAGGAUGAACCAAAGAUUAAGGUACACAGGUUUCUGUUACAAGCUGUGAAUCAGAAAAAUCUGCUCAAGAAGCCAGAAAAAGGAGAUGAAAAAGAAUUGGACAAAAGAGAAAAAACCAAGAAAUUGGACAAAGAGAAUCUCAAUGAUGAGAGAGCCAGUGGACAAAGCUGUACAUUACCUAAGCGUUCUGAUGGUGAACUUAAAGAUGAAAAGCCAAAGAGACCUGAAGAUGAGUGUGUGAGAGACUACAGGGAACGGGAUUAUGAACGAGAUCAGGAGCGCAUACUUCGAGAAAGAGAAAGGCUGAAGCGGCAAGAAGAAGAGCGCCGGAGGCAGAAAGAGCGCUAUGAGAAAGAGAAGGCUUUUAAAAGAAAAGAAGAAGAAAUGAAAAAAGAGAAAGAAGCACUUCGGGAUAAAGGAAAGAAGACUGAAAGUACAGAAUCAAUAGUCAGCUCAGAAAAAACUGAAAAGAAAGAGGAAGUGGUUAAGAGAGAUCGCAUAAGAAACAAGGAUCGCCCAGCAAUGCAGCUUUACCAACCAGGAGCUCGAAGCCGAAAUCGACUCUGUCCCCCUGAUGACAGCACCAAAUCUGGAGAUUCAGCAGUAGAAAAAAAGCAGGAAAGUGGUAUUAGCCAUAGAAAAGAAGGAGGAGAGGAGUGAUCCAUCCAGAUGGCCUUAGGUCUCCUGACUGUCUAGGCAGCCAAAGAGCGCGUGUUAAGCAAUCCAGAAGUGCCUUCGGGCAAAGGAAUAGAGAGAAAGUGGGUCGCUGUGCUGGUGGGGUACACUGCAGAGGAGUAUGUUUUGCGUCAAAGCAGGAAUCUGAUCACAGGUUCAGAAUUGGAAGUAAAAUUUCAUUGUUUUUGCAAUUUCUACAAAUUAAUUUUAAAGUAUUAGGAAAGGGUGAUAGUGAGGGCAUGCAUUGCAGUUUGCAGGAGGGAAGUGUCAAGUGAGGACUUAAUUAUAUGACAUGAGAAAAAAAAUAAGAGAGCUGGUUCUAAAACCAAAAGGUGUUGUUACUCCUGGAUUGAAUUUUCUUAAUUUGAGUGGAGCAGAGUCACUUUGACGUCUUGUUCAGAUCUAGCUAUAUUGCGUUGUUGGUGAUAAUUGUUGACUUUGUGUAGUGUAGAAGCAACAAGCAUGUCAUUGUAGUACAAGUACAGUGAAGAAUAUGACAAAUUUUCAUUGAUGCAAAAAUUUAAAUAGUCGUGUUACUUCUGUAUCCAAUGUCCUAAAGUUUUAGGAUUAGUUUUAGUUUGUGUUUGCUUACAUGAGCUUAGCAUAAAGAAUAUUUUUUAACAUCUCAUUUUGCCUUUAGCAUUUUUUUCUAGUAAUACGUAAAAUGUAGCCCUUGUUUGGUUUUUGACAAUCUAGUCUUUGUUUUAUCUUAGGUCUCAUGAUCUAAGUGCAUACCCUCUCCAGGAAGGAAACUGCACUGAUGUCUGUUCCUGUCAAAUAACAACUUGCAGUCUCAACUUGUUUUAUAUUGAUGUCAAUAAAUACCAACAGCACUCAAGUAUGAA